AUGGUUGGUAUAGUUAUUGGUCUAUGUGGUUCUACAAUUAAGGAAAUUAUGGAACAGACGAGUGUCAAGAUCAAUGUUAAAGAAAUUUUUGAAAACUUGGAAAAAGCUAUUACAAUCUGUGAUACUACAGAAAAUUACACUACUGUAUGUCGAAAGAUUUUGGAAGUUGUGCAACAAAAAGCAAUCUACAUUCUACACUAA